AUGGUUUGUUGUUGGAAACCCGUGACACCGCCGAUUGCAGAAGAUCAAGGUAGUGCCCGUGGACGGCAUCAGAAUUACACACAGGUGGUGCGCUCGGAGGAGACGGGCGAGCGGGGCUUGGGGCGGAGCGUGGGCGGGGCCCCGGGGAAGGGGGCCUGGAGGGGGCGGAGCCAGGCGCUGCUCCUGGUUGGUAGCCCAGAGCGGCCCCGCUCGCCCCGCCGCGGCUCCCUCCCUGCGCCCCGGCUGCGCUCGCUCCGCUCCGCCCGGCAGCGGGGCCGGCCCGUGGCGAGGCGGCGCCGGGACUCUGCCCAGCCCGCAGCGGGAGCGGAGCUCGGCCGGGCCGGGCCCGAACGGAUCCGGUGGCGUUUCCCAGCCACUGGGGGCGUCUCCCGCCUGGCUCCCGGGAUCCGCUCAAAACCACAGGCUCCAAAAUGGGACCUAGUAUCCCAGCACCUGACACUUUUGCAUCCCCUUACCGGCCUCAAACAAACCUCGCGGAAAGAUGCAACUGCAGAGAUUUCCCUGCCUGAUGUGGCUGCUGUUGAAGACAUGGAGAGGAGGGUUGAUUCUCAUGCUGCAUGUUUGCUGAAUCUGGAAGCGAGAACAGGGAUGUCUGAGAAGAAACUAAUAGACUGUGAGAGGACAGUGGUGGAGUUUGGGCACCAGCUGGAGAGUAAGUGGGUUGCGCUGGGAACUCUGAUCCAGGAGUAUGGGCUGCUGCAGAGGAGGCUGGAGAACAUGGAGAACCUGCUGAAGAACAGGAACUUCUGGAUCCUCAGACUCCUCCCAGGGACUAAGGGGGAAGUUCCCAAGGUGCCAGUAGCAUUUGAUGACAUCUCAGUCUAUUUCAAUGAGCAACAGUGGGGGAAUUUAGACGAAUGGCAGAAGGAGCUUUACAAGAAUGUGAUGAAAAGCAACUAUGAGAUGUUGAUGUCACCGGACUAUGCCAUUUCCAAACCUGACAUCCUAUCCCGGAUUGAACGGGGGGAGGAGCUGAGUGUCAGGGAUCAAGGAGACGCAGAGGAGAGAGAAAUUCCUACAGACCCCAGCACAGAAUCUCCAGUUUGUACACGAGAGGGUUUAUUACUUACUAAACAAGAGGAAGAGUUGUAUGUCGGGGAUCAGCAGGAUUUGGAGGGCAGAAAAGUCUCUAAAGAGCUCUACACAGGAGCCCUGCCUCAUUUACUGAACAGGAUGGACUGUGCUGUGGGGAUGAAUCAGGUUGGCAUCUUAUUACUAUUUAGAUUUGUUUCUACUGCUCAUUUUACAAUGGUUUAUUGCUCAGCUUUGAACUGUCAAAAUGCUACGAGUGGGGUAUAUAAGAACAAUACAGUUACUUUCUAUGGUUUUCCUUUACAUAACAAACCUCUCUUGAAGCAGUGGAUUCACAACAUGGGUCGGGAAAUGGGAACUCCAUCAAAACAUCAGCGACUAUGUUCUAAACAUUUUGAGGACAGUUCUUUUGAAAUCGAUCCUCUAAAAAUUAGGAAAAACCGGCGCCUACUGAAAGAAGCAGUUCCCAAAAAAUUCAUUUUGGGUGAAGACGGAAACUGGGUUGUUGGAACACCUCGAAGUUUCUGUGGUGGAAUAAGUAAUAAAACUCGAAAACGAAUCCGGAAUCCUGAACAUUUGAAGGUCCCAGGGACAUUUGAUAAUGUUGCAGCUCCUGACAGGAAGAAUUUAGAAGAGUGGCAAAAGGAGCUUUACAAAAAAGUGAUAAAGGACAAUUAUGAAUCUUUAAUCUCACUGGGUAAAGUCUCCAAACAUGAUAUGCAGUCAAGAGAAGAGCUACGUGUCAAGGCUCAGCAGGGCUUGGAAGAAAGAGAAAUGUCUAUGAGUCCUAGCAUAGAUGAAAUGAAUGUUUGGAUUCUUUUUAUUCCAGUGGAUGAUGGGAUUGUGAUCAAAACUGAAGUGCAGGAUAAUGAGGAAGCUCCAGAAAAUGUGGAACUGCAUGGAUCAUUUUCAGGAAGCUCAGAAGACCUGGUUUUCCAAACUCCUGACAAUGGAAUAACUUGUGAGAGUAAUUGGAGCACAGAAACAGAGCCAAGGAAUCUUACUGGAAGCAGAAUGGGUAACUCUACUCUUGGGAAAGGAGAUUUCAAUAAAUUCAAAGGUAUCCUUUUCUACCAGGAGACACCCACAGGAGAGAGACUAUACCUAUGUACAGAAUGUAAGAAAACCUUUAAAUUGAAGAUAGGUCUUUUAAAACACAAGCGAAUUCAUGCAAAAAAGAGUCAGGUAUCAUCAUACAUAUGUACAGAAUGUGGAAAAAGCUUUGGUCGUCAUGCAGAUCUUACUCGACACCAGAGAACUCACACGGGAGAGAGACCCUAUAAAUGUACAGAAUGCGAGAAAAGCUUUACUGAGAAACCAAGACUUACUAAUCACUUACGAACUCACAACAUCUGCCUGUAACCACUGUGGCAAAAGCUUUAUGGGAACUGAUUUUUCACUCAGUCAUCAGCAAAUCCAUCUGAGAAUAUGAACCAUACAUAUGUACUGAUUGUAGGAAAAGCUUUUGUGUAGAAUACCUUUUAUAACACUGAAUUGAACUCAAGCAUGAGACGGACCAGUCAUUGUAGCUCAUCUGUUUAAACCGUGAGAAGCAACUGAAUUUAUUAGCUAUCACAAUGAUCCAUGGAAGCGGGGAGAACGGACAUAUAAAAGUGUAUUGACUAUACCAAAAAUUUAAUUCAAAAAAGCAUAUUCUAAAACACCAAGUAACCUAUACUAGAGAGAGACUGUAUCAUUGCAGAAAACAUGGGAGAAAUUUGACAUAAGGAACCUUUGACCCCAUCACCAGAGAAUUUAUGGAACAGAGCAAGAUCAUUCACAGAAUUUUAGAUAGAAAUUAGAGCUUCAAAGAGCCUAAAAUCAGUUUAAGAGAUUGGGCUUCUUGAUGUAAAAAUAGGAAAUAAAUGGGAAAGUCCAUUAAGCACAGGCAAAUGACCGUGGUGCCAGCAGUGCAUGUUAGUAUAGCCAAAGACAAAAUGUAGUUCAAACUUCCACAAUUUAGAGUAAUUUAUAGCACAUGAGAUGCAGUCUUCAUUUUUGAGCUCCUGGAAGAGAAAACAGAAAUGGAUAAUGUUCUCCUUUCUGUUGCUUCUGUGCAACAUGAAAGAUGAGAGGCAAAACUGAUGUGGGAUUAUUCUUUUCUCUCUAAACCAAAAGCAGCAUUGGCUCCAACUUAAGAGGAAGUGUCAGCAGAUGGAGAUGGGGGAAAAAUAGUGGAGUCUUCUGCUUAAAAACAUAAUCAAACACAGGUCAGAAAAUCUUACCAAACCUGUGCAUCUUGUUAAAUGCUUUGCUUAAAGGUGGCCUGCAAAGGAUUAAAAAACACCUGUUUUUUGUGCCCUUUUUUUAAACCUUAUGAUGUGGACUUCGCUGCCCUCCCCCCCCCGGCAAGAAAGUUUAAAAUAAAUCCUCCAAAUUCUGUAGGAUGUUGAUUUUAACAUUGCCCAAUUGUGCCUACAUAUGAGCAGUUAGGGAGAACUAAAGGGGGAAAAAGAGUAAAAUUUUGUAUUGUAUGAUCAGCUGUUACAAUGAAGAGUGCUAUAUUGUAGUAUA